UUAGCUCUUAGAUUCGAGAGGAAGACUGGCCAACUCUCUUUUCACUCGGGAACAAGCUGGGGUACGCACACGUAUUGUGUGCUGCUCCGAUUCAUUUACCAUGGUGCUGCUGUACGUGUUGUUUGAGCACGCGUCCGGCUAUGCGUUGUUUGCCGUUAAGGAGGUUGAGGAGAUCAGCAUGCUGCUACCUCAGGUGGAGCAGUGUGUGCUGAAUCUUAGGAAAUUCAACAGCAUGGUUGGCCUGGUUGCCUUUUUCCCUUUUAAGUCAGCCCAGGCUGCGCUAGAGAAUAUAAAUGCCAUUUCUGAAGGUGUGGUUCAUGCUGACCUGAAGUUGUUCCUUGAGACAAACAUUCCUCAAUCCGGGAAGAAGAAAGCUACACUUGGGGUUGGAGAUGCCAAAAUUGGGGCUGCAUUACAAGAGGAAUUUGGUUUUUCCAUCCAGACAGGGGCCGUUGUGGCAGAAAUAACAAGAGGGAUUCGCCUUAACUUCCACUUGCUGGUGAAGGGGCUGACGGCUCUGGCGGCCUCCAAGGCCCAGCUGGGUCUUGGCCACAGUUACUCCAGAGCCAAGGUCAAAUUUAACGUUAACCGGGCAGACAACAUGAUCAUCCAGUCCAUUGCACUUUUGGAUCAGCUUGACAAAGACAUUAACACGUUCUCCAUGCGUGUCCGUGAAUGGUACGGGUACCACUUCCCUGAGCUGGUCAAGAUCGUGCCCGACAACUCGUUGUACUGCCGCCUGGCUCAGCUCAUCGGCAACCGGAAGGAGUUGACGGACGAGAGCGUGGAGAGCCUGGAGGAAGUGGUCAUGGACAACGCCAAAGCCCAGGCCAUCCUGGAUGCAUCCCGGUCCUCAAUGGGAAUGGACAUUUCGCCCAUCGACUUAAUCAACAUCGAGAGGUUCUCCAAUCGUGUGGUGUCUCUGGCUGCCUAUCGUCUGGAGCUGCAAGAAUAUUUGCGCUCCAAGAUGAGCCAAGUGGCUCCCAACUUGGCUGCCUUGAUUGGCGAAGUGGUGGGUGCCCGUCUGAUCUCUCAUGCUGGCAGUCUAACCAACCUGGCAAAGUAUCCAGCCUCCACAGUCCAGAUCCUUGGAGCCGAAAAGGCCCUGUUCAGAGCCUUGAAGACACGUGGCAACACCCCCAAGUAUGGUCUGAUCUUCCACUCGACCUUCAUCGGGCGUGCUGCUGCCAAGAACAAGGGCCGCAUCUCCAGAUAUUUGGCCAACAAGUGCACCAUUGCCUCACGCAUAGACUGCUUCUCUGAAUUGCCCUCCAGUGUGUUUGGUGACAAACUCCGUGAACAGGUGGAGGAGCGCCUGUCCUUCUACGAGACUGGUGAUCUGCCACGCAAGAACGUCGACGUCAUGAAAGAGGCCAUGAAGGAGGCGACUGAUGUUGCUGCUGAAAUGAAGCGUAAACUGGACAAACAGGAAAGGAAACGCAAGAAGCGUGAAAGGAAGCAAGCGCUUCAAGAAAACGGAGAUGCAACCUUCGAUGCUGGGGUAAAAGUUAACGGAGACUCUGAGACGUCAGGAGGGAAAAAGAAAAAGAAACGUGCAGCCAAGGAGGAGGAGGCGGUCCAGGUUGAAGAGACACCGGCCGCAGAAAAUGGAGAAGGUGACGCUCCCACCAAAAAGAAAAAGAAGCGCAAGUCUGAGGUUGAGGAACCAGAGGAGGCUGCUGUGGUUGAGGACGUAGCAGAGGACACUAACACGCCAGCCAAGAAGAAAAAGAAGAAACGAAAGUCAGAGGCUGUUGAGGCUGAGCCAGUAGAAGAGAUUCCAGAAGUUCCGGUGUCUAAGAAAAAGAAAAAGAAGAGUGUGGAGUGAACAAGAGAAUAGGAUCUGUCUUGAGACUGAAUUAUUAUGUGUACAGUUUUUGUUCAAUUUUAUUUGCGACCCACUAUUUGCCUGUGCCUUUCAAUUGAUGUACUUGUGUAAAUAAAUUCUCAGUUAAGAAUU